AGGAGCUGAGAAAGCUGCAGAAAGAAGGUGAGGGGAAAUGGGGGAUGAAAAGGGACAAAGUGGAAGGACGUAAGACAAAAAAUUGUGAAAAGGGGACUGGAAAGAGGGUGUUGGUGACAGAAAAUGGAGCAAGAGGGGAAAGGACUGGAGAGGGAAAUGAGGGACAGAAAUGGAAGGGACAGAGGUGGCAGGAACUGGAGGAAGGAGGUGACAGAAAUGGGAGAAACCCUGGAGAAAAAAGAUAAGGAGGGAGGAAAUGGUGACACGUGACAGAAAAUGCGGGGCUGAGGGUGGAAAAAGGGGAUGAGAAUGGAAAAAGUGGAAGAGGAUGGAAAAAGGGGAAGAGGAUGACAAAGGCAACAGGAAGGGACAAGCCAGUGCCCACCAUCAUCAUCCCCUGUGUCUCCCCCAUGUACCCAUGUCCCCACCAUGUCCCUCCAGGCUGCAGUGAUGGACCUGGACCCACGCAGUGAGGAGCUCUACGGCCAAGAACCCCCAAGACCACCAUGUGUCCCAGUGUCCCCCCGCCCCAGGGACAAGGUGGUCUCAGGUGUCCCCAGGAGAGGCAGUGUCCCUGUGUCCUGCCCAGUUCCCCCCUCAGGUCCCCCUGGGAGGAUCCCACAGCUGGAGGCACUGCUGAGGCAGGUGCACAGCGUGCAGACAGUCCGUGAGGCCACGACACAGGAGCUGGUGAAGGCACAAGACUGCAGUGAGGGGUUGCGCCAGCACCUGGAGCAGCUGGAGCAGCAUAAGGAGGCACUGGAGAGGUCCUGGCAGCAGGUGCAGGAGUCACUGCAGAGAGCGCAGCUGCAAGGGAAGGAGGUGGAUGCAAAAAGUCAGAGGCGCUGCGGGCUCUGCCUGGAGAAGCAGCAGGACCUGGAGGGGACAAAGCAGCAGUGGGAGCAGCUGCAAAACCUGCGCCGGGGACACAGAUGGCAGCACUGCCAGCAGCUCGAGGCCAUCAUGGAGGAGCUCAAGCAGCUGCGUGUCACAUACGCUCCAGCCCACCUGGAGGCUGAACUGGUGCAGCUGGAGAAGAUGGAGGAGAAGUGGCUGAGCUGGGAGCGCCGUGUGAUGGAUGCCGAGGAGCAGCUGGGCCCAGAGGCACCUGUGCUCAGGCGAUUGGUGCAGCAGGAGCAGGAGGGGGCGGGGCAACAGCUGGAGGUGGAGCUGGGCCGGCAGCAGCUGAGCCUGCAGCGCCGUGACAGGUUGGCAGAGGAGCUGCAGAUGCUGCAGCGCCCCCAGGAGGCUCUCCCAGAGUGACAGGGGACGAGAUGGACACACCCCAUGGGACACCUGUGGCACCUGCGUGACACCUCUGUGUGUUACCUGCGGGCCACCUGUGUCCUGCCAUGUUCUUAUGUCCCCCAUUCCCCAUUGUCCUCCCCUCCAUGUCCCCCUCAGGUCCCCAAGGCUUCCCUGUAUCCCCCAGUCCUCUCAAGUUCCCCCCAUCCUCCCCAUAUUCCCCAAUUGUCCCUCAUGUC